AACGCAAGCCCAGGCAACACAAAAGAAGAACCUAACUGGAGCACUCCAGCUGCCCAAUUUCAAACAGGGAGCAUAAGCAAGAGAAAGUGAAGACUUGCUUUUCUCCUCAGAAAACCUAGGCAACAGAACACUUAAGACAGGAUGCCCUUGCGUAUGAAGGUUGGCAGAAAGGUGACGAAGGAGGUCUCAUUACUCGCAUCCCUGUCGAAGUGUCACGUAAUGAGAACUUGGUCCAUGUAGCCUGCUAGGGGGAAAACUGGCAACCACGGACCAUGAAGAAAGCUAUUUGCUCAAAGGAGGAUACUGAGAACCCAGCGGAGGUUUCCCCUCAAGUAUUUGAUGAAAGCCUCAGGAUUUUUACACUGAUGAAGUGCAGUUCUCAUUUUCCUCUCAACUCUGCUUAUUGAAACUUUUCGGUCUCCUGAAUCUUAAGGAUUAUCGCUGUUUGUGGAAGUGAAAUAUUGAGAAGACGGUAUCACAAUGGGGAUAACAGUACAAAACAUAACAGGAAGCACAGCCCUAGUAAUCUGGCCCAAAAUGGCGACCUGCACCGACAGCUUUUACAGCAUCAUGUACAAUCCAAACUGGGACAAAAUGCUGUCAGGAUACACCAGGAAACAUUUUCAGAAAGAGGAGAGAGUGCCAGCUAGCCGUUCUUCGUUUGUCAUCGAGAAUCUGAUCCCAUUAACAACUUACAUUCUGUGUGUAACGUGCCAGUCGGCAAACCCAUCCAGUGACCAGUGCAAAAUUUUUAACACCCCUGAACAAGACCCGGCAUCCACAAGCAACAAAAAGAAAGACCUGGCCGUGGGCAUAUGGCUAACCAGCACGGUCUUGCUUCUCAUCAUUGUUGGCAUCUUUGUCUAUGGUUGCUUGCGUCUAUGGUGCCGCAGAAGAAGAGAGAGCUCAGACAGACAAAGCAUUGCACCAGAAGAUAAGGGAGAGGCAUGGGCAAAAAAUGAAUCGUGUGGUUCAGAGGAAUUCAACAAGCAGACCCAGCACACCCAACGAGUUGAAAUUAGAAAUACAGAUGGUGUCCAACUAGCCACCAUAAUUACAAAUCCGUCAACAUCUGAGAAGCCCACCAUGCUGAGCUCCAAAAGUCAGGAUUUUGUGCCUAUGUCUGUCUGUCAAUCUGCCAUAAAUUAGAUAUCCUUAACUGGGACAAGUGUUUUGCUGUGUGUAACAAUAUGUAUGUUGAAAU